AUGGGCGCCCCUUUCGACUUCGCGCCUGAGCGGCCGGAUCACAUGCAGCAGAUCCUCGAUGGCCUGGAUCGCUACAACCCAGAGACGACGGGCGUCUUCCAGGACUAUGUCAUGCAGCAAUGCGAAAACCAGACAUACGACUGCUACGCCAACCUCGCCCUGCUGAAGCUCUACCAGUUCAACCCCCACCUUGCCCGCGACGAGACCAUCACCAACAUCCUCGUCAAGGCUCUGACCGUCUUCCCGAGCCCCGACUUCUCUCUGGGUCUCUCACUCCUUCCUCCACAUGUCCUAGCUCCUCUGUCAUCCUCGUCACACAACCCAGCAGCUGGCGAUGCCCCUCUUUCAGAAGCUGUUCAGAAGCUCAACGAACUGAGGAACCUGCUCGAAGGCGCUGAUUACGCCACCUUCUGGUCCACCCUCGACUCUGACGACCUCUACGCCGACUUGAUUGCCGACAUUUCUGGCUUUGAGGAGCUCAUGCGCGUACGCAUUGCCGCCACUGUCAGCCAGGCGAUACGCGAGGUUGACCGAAGCAUCCUUGAGUCGUGGUUGAACCUCUCUGGAAGCGAAUUUGACCACUUUGUCGGUAGCGUAUGUGGAUGGAAUGUCGACGGUGACAAGAUCAAGGUGCCCAUCAACAAGGACAACGAGGCUAAGGGCACCGUUGUCCGUGAAAACGUCAAAUUUGACCAAUUUGCAAGGGUUAUCAAGAGGGCGUAUGAGCAGCCAGCAUGA